AUGUCGGUCGCAAGCAAGAACCUGUUCGAGCUCCUCGGCAACGAUGCCGAGGAUGACACUCCUCAGGCGCCCGUGAAGACGGUUGAGAAGAACUCUCUGCGCUCAACCAAGCGCGGCGUCGAGCCCGAGGCUCCUUCCCGUGCCCCCGCUGCCGGUGGUGCCCGUCGCAACAACGCCUCUGGCAACGAGGCUGCCUUCCGUGACCGCGGUGCUGGCAGCGACCGCAACCGUGGCAAGACCACCGACGAGCCUGCUAGAGGCGGCCCUCGUGGCGGCUACGGUGCCCGCGCCCGUGGAGGCCGUGGUGGACGUUUCCCCCGUGAGCGUGAUGACCGCCAGUCUAAGGGUCUCGCCAGCGGCUCCGAGAAGCAGGCUGCCCAGUCUUGGGGCGCCACCGAGGGUGAGGCUGAGCGCAAGGACGAGGUUGCCGGCGAGGCCAUUGCCCAGGCUGAGGCUAAGGAUGCUGAGGCCGAGGCCGCCGCUCCCCUCGAGCCCGAGGAGCCCGAGGAGAAGCAGGUCUCCUACACCGAGUACCUUGCCCAGCUUGCCGAGAAGAAGCUCGCCAUCGAGGGCAACACCAAGGUCCGCGAGGCCAACGAGGGCACCAAGCUCAAGAAGGAGUGGGCUUCCGCCAAGGAGGUCUCCCGCGAUGAUGACGAGAACUUCAUGAUCGGCACCGGAGGCAAGACCAAGCGCGAGCGUGAGCGCAAGACCAAGCAGCUCCUGGAUAUCGACCAGCGUUACGUCGAGCCCGAGCGCUCUUCCCGCGGCGGUGCCGGCGGCCCCCGUGGUGGCCGUGGUGGUCCCCGUGGCGGUGCCCGCGGUGGUGACCGUGGUGACCGUGGCGGUCGCGGACGCGGCGACGGUGCCCGCGGUGCCCCCCGUGGUGGUGCCCCCCGCGGCGGCCGUCCCCAGGGCGCGCAGAUCAACACCAAGGACGAGUCUGCGUUCCCCAGCCUCGGCGGCAAAUAAAUGCCCACGCCCACAAAGGUCGCCUAUAUUCGCCCACAUAUAGGUUGAGAAAAUGUGCUCCGACACAUAUAUCCGGCUCUAGUCAACGAUGGAGAACGGAAGGGAAGGACCAGUUUUCGGGGAAAAUUUGCAGAAAGGAUUGGUUGCGUCAAGGUUUCCGAGGACUGGGCCGGCUGAUUUCUGGUCGUUGCACGAUAAAUGAAAGGCUUUUUUCUAUCUAGGUACUCAUGGACGGUAUCGUUCAAAAAAGUCAAAAAUGGUCUCGUUUGCAUUGGUUUUUUCAAAGAAGAGAGUAAAGAUGUCCCAUCUACUGUCGUGUGUUACCUGAUGGCUGGUAGUUGACAUGUGUCUAUCAAAUGUUACUUUGUGACAGUGAGGUAAGUGGAAAGGGAUAUUACAUGUCGAG